AUGCUCUACUACAGCGGGGUGACAAGGCGAAUAGGAAAUGUCGACGAAGGAUCGACAGUAACCGACUUUCUCCCUGCUGAACGGGCACGCGGCAUCACCAUCCAGUCUGCAGCCAUCACAUUCCACUGGCCUCCCCUACCACCAACUACCCAGACUCCGCCCCCACCACCACAGCUACCAGCCUCAUUCGACAAUGUUCUAAGAUCUUCAACAUCCCACAACAUCAAUCUCAUCGACACGCCCGGUCACGCAGACUUUACUUUCGAAGUGCUGCGCUCGCUUCGUGUACUAGAUGGGGCAGUAUGUAUUCUCGAUGGAGUUGCCGGUGUUGAAGCCCAGACGGAGAAAGUAUGGACGCAAGCUGGACAUUACCAUAUCCCUAGGAUCAUUUUUGUCAACAAGCUGGACCGUGUGGGCGCUGCGUUCUCACGAACCGUCAAAGAGAUAGGCGUUAGAUUGCACGGAUGGCCAGCCGUCUGUCAAAUUCCGUGGUGGAAGAAUGGCAACGGCGAUUUCGUUGGAGUUGGUGAUGCUAUCAACUUACGCGGUAUGCUCUGGCAAGCCGGUGGCGAUGGCAGAGAUAUUCAAGCUUUUGGGCUGCAAGAUCUGGGUAAAACCGACGAGAAGUUUGCAGAAGAGAUCAAAAAGGCCAGAAUAGCCCUCGUUGAGAUCUUGAGUGAGCAUGACGACGUCAUGGUUGAGCACUUCUUGGAACACGACGAAGACCACCUUGCUAUCUCUGGACUCCAGAUCAUGCAAUCAUUACGCCGAGUAGCACUGCAGGCACCGCAGAAAGUCAUCCCAGUCUUCGCCGGCGCCUCUUUCCGCAACAUCGGUGUUCAGCCCCUCCUUGACUCGGUCGUUGAUCUCCUCCCCUCACCACUCGAACGACCAGAUCCUGAGAUCAGCAUCUCCAACCAGAGCAGCACACUAUCAACCCUUCUAAGUGCAGCAGCGGCAGCACCGACGAAGGCCACCAAGCCAUCCAAGAAACAGCAGCAAAACAACAGCGAACUAGCCAUCGCAGAAGUCAAAAAUCUCAGCGCCUGCGCCCUCGCCUUCAAAGUAGUCAACGACGCCAAACGCGGCGUCCUCGUCUACGUCCGCGUCUACUCCGGCUCCAUCGACCGCGGCGCCACCCUCUACAACACCAACCUCUCCCUCGCGGAGCGCGCACCCCGCCUGCUCAAAAUGUACGCCAACGACGCCGUAGAAGUCGACAGCAUCUCCGCCGGCCAAAUCGGCGUGAUAACCGGUCUUAAGCACGCAAGAACCGGAGACACGUUGAUCGUCUACCGCGGCCUCCAAAUGAAAGGCACACCGCCCGGCGGUCUUCACACCCUCCAACUGCGCCCCAUCGCCGUCCCUCCCCCCGUCUUCUUCACCAGCAUCGAACCGAAUAGUCUCAGCGAACAGAAACACGUCCAAGAAAGUCUGGCCAUUCUCCUCCGCGAAGAUCCCAGUCUGCACCUUUCCAUCGACGAAGAAUCCGGGCAGACUCAUUUGGCCGGCAUGGGCGAUUUACAUUUAGAAAUCGCGCGAGACAGGUUACUCAACGAUUUCAAAGCCAAAGCACGCAUCGGAAAGAUAGAAAUCGGAUACAGGGAGACUAUCACCACGAUGACGCCAACGGAACCAUACACAUAUACACUGGAUAAACUCGUUGCGGGAAAACAAACGAAAGCAGCCAUAACCGCUUCUGUGGAAAGCGUAGAAGACAGCAACUCCAUCCCGCUUACGCCAGUCCAGCACGAAGUCAACGAACAACACGCACGCGAAAACCAAUUCGAAACCAUAUACCCCCUCCCCGACAACAACCACCUCCACAUCCACCACCCCCCGCUCUCUUCCCUCGACUCUUCGGCUCAUAAACAGCACAUCCCCCCACACCUCUCCCUCCCCGGUAUCCUGCACGCCCUUCAAGCCGGUACAUCCGCGGCCCUCGCCCGGGGCCCCUUCAACGGGUUUCCCGUUGCAAACACACGCGUUACGCUCACGCUGGAUGCGGGUGCGCAUCUCUUCCCUGAAACAACGCCGACGGCGAUAUCGAUGGCGGCGCGCGCUGCUGUAUCGCAUAGCCUGCGUACGGCAAGUGAUGCCGCGCCAGCCACACUCAUGGAACCAGUCAUGAACGUAACAAUCUUCGUCAAUGAGGGGAGUAUGGGCGCCGUAGUCCAAGAUAUUACCUCCUCGCGAGGCGGUCAAAUCCUGUCACUCGACGGCUCGGAGUCUUCCUCCACUUCCUCCGACUCCGACUCCGACGACGCCCUCCCCCGCAUCGACCCCCACCUCAUCUACACGCCCCCUGACCCCUUUGCGUCGGGGACAGGUGAUGUGGGCAGCGGCUUGAGCGAUAGCCAAAGACAAAUUGUAGCUAGGGUGCCGCUGAAGGAGAUGGUGGGGUAUUUGAAUCAGUUGAGGGCGCUGACGGGGGGCAGGGGCACGUUUGUGAUGAGUGUAGAUGGGUUUGAGAAGAUGGGAAGCCAGAGGCAGAGGGACGUUCUGGAUGCUUUGAGGGAGUUUUAG